UGCAUCAUAUGAAGGGGGAACUAUUCAAUAAUCCUGUUAUUACAAAGCGACUCGGGAGCAAAGAGGGAAUACGAGGGGAUGAUGACGUAACCGUUUCCAUAGGCGACUGAUAUGCUGCUUAGACCAAUGGGAAUCCACUUCAGCGGUCCAUACCCAUCCUCCAUUUGACGUGCAUCACAUGUCCCUGGCGGUGUUGUGACAGAAGGGAACAAAGUGAGGCAAGAAGAUUCACUGCGGUGCACUUCCGUGUCCGCCGAAUGAUCUGCAUGAAUGGUGAUCUCCGGCUCUGUGGGUGAUACGUAGUCACCAUGAAUGACUAGGAACUCAGCUCUCCAAGGGAAAUGGCUUGUUUUGUAAUAUCCCUCCUCUCCAGCCUGGUGUAUGACUCCCGCUGCCUGUGAAGGGGCCUGUCAGCUGUUUAUGGGAGCUAUUAGUGUGCUUGCACUCUUGAGGAUUUAAGCUUUUUUUUUUCCAGGAGAGCACCUCUGUUUUACCCCCACUGUCGAGUCAAAGCACCAACGCUUUGCAAAAGACUGGGGAAGCAGCAAGACAAUGGCGAACAACUCGUACAGUGGGGUGAAGAACUCCAUGGUGGAGGCCAACCACGAUGGAGACUUUGGCUGCAAUCUUAAAGAUUUGCGCUCCUUAAUGGAACUGAGAGGCGCCGAAGCGAUAAGCAAAGUUGGGGAAACUUAUGGGGAUACUCAAGGACUCUGCAGCCGAUUAAAAACAUCACCUAUAGAUGGACUAAGUGGACAGCCUGCUGACAUCGAGAAACGGAAAACGGUGUUUGGGGAAAAUUUAAUACCGCCCAAAAAGCCCAAAACCUUCUUACAGUUAGUUUGGGAGGCGCUACAGGAUGUCACGCUGAUUAUCUUAGAAGUGGCAGCCAUAGUUUCACUAGGCCUUUCAUUUUAUAGACCACCAGAUGCCGAAAGAGAACACUGUGGAAAAGCUGCUGGUGGUGUGGAGGAUGAAACUGAGUCGGAGGCUGGCUGGAUUGAGGGUGCCGCCAUUCUCCUGUCAGUUAUCUGCGUGGUGCUGGUGACGGCAUUCAAUGACUGGAGUAAAGAGAAGCAGUUCAGGGGCCUCCAGAGCCGCAUUGAACAGGAACAGAAAUUCACUGUUGUCCGUGGAGGACAAGUUAUCCAAAUUCCUGUGGCCGAGAUUGUGGUUGGUGACAUUGCACAAAUAAAAUAUGGUGACCUCUUACCUGCUGACGGAGUUCUCAUUCAAGGCAAUGACCUGAAGAUAGAUGAGAGCUCGCUCACAGGGGAGUCGGACCAUGUGAAGAAAACACAAGAGAAAGAUCCAAUGCUGUUAUCAGGCACCCAUGUAAUGGAAGGCUCAGGGAAAAUGGUGGUCACUGCUGUGGGUGUCAACUCUCAAACUGGAAUUAUUUUCACUUUGCUCGGGGGCAGCGAAGAUGAUGACGAAGAUGAGGAAGAAAAGAAAAAAGAGAAGGAGGAGAAGAAGAAGCAAAGAAAAAACAAAAAGCAGGAGGGAUCCGUGGAAAAUCGGAAGAAAGCUAAAGCACAGGAUGGCGCUGCGAUGGAGAUGCAGCCUCUGAACAGCGAUGAAGGAGCUGAUGCAGAGGAAAAGAAGAAAGCCAACCUACCAAAGAAAGAAAAGUCUGUUCUUCAAGGCAAACUGACCAAACUAGCGGUACAAAUUGGAAAAGCAGGACUGGUUAUGUCGGCCAUCACUGUCAUUAUCCUGGUGGUGCUGUUUGUGGUAGAUACCUUUUGGAUCCAGAAUCUGCCAUGGAUCAAGGACUGCACACCCAUUUACAUUCAGUUCUUUGUCAAAUUCUUCAUCAUUGGCGUCACUGUUCUCGUGGUUGCCGUUCCCGAAGGCCUGCCACUUGCUGUAACAAUCUCUCUGGCAUACUCUGUUAAGAAAAUGAUGAAAGAUAACAACCUUGUCCGUCACCUGGAUGCCUGUGAGACCAUGGGUAACGCUACGGCCAUUUGCUCUGACAAGACUGGCACUCUCACCAUGAACCGCAUGACUGUGGUGCAGGCGUUUCUCGCCGACCACCACUACAAGAGGGUCCCCGAACCUGAGAGCAUCCCCCCCUCCAUUUUAGAUAUCCUGAUUCUUGGCAUUGCAGUCAACUGCGCCUACACUACUAAGAUCAUGUCUCCAGAAAAAGAAGGAGGCCUUCCGCGACAAGUGGGCAACAAGACCGAAUGUGCCUUGCUGGGCUUUUCCAAUGACUUGAAACGCGACUACCAAACCAUACGCAACGAGAUCCCUGAAGAAAAAUUAUACAAAGUCUACACCUUCAACUCGGUUCGCAAAUCGAUGAGCACCGUGUUGAAGAUGGCUGAUGGCAGCUACCGCAUGUUCAGCAAAGGAGCCUCAGAAAUCCUCUUAAAAAAGUGUUAUAAAAUCAUGACGGCCAGUGGUGAGCAAAAGGUGUUCCGCCCACGGGACCGGGAUGACAUGGUGAAGAGGGUGAUUGAACCCAUGGCGUCAGAGGGCCUAAGAACCAUCUGCCUGGCAUACAGAGAUUUUCCAGCCUCUGAGGGUGAACCUGACUGGGACAAUGAAAACGAUAUCCUCUCUGGACUGACCUGCCUCUGCGUGGUGGGCAUUGAAGACCCUGUGAGACCAGAGGCAAGUGGUUACAAAUGGGCAAAAGCUUUUCCCCAGACUUGUGAGCUGGAGUCUGAGCUUCUCAAUGUCCCUGAUGCCAUCAGGAAAUGCCAGCGUGCUGGCAUCACAGUGCGGAUGGUGACCGGGGACAAUAUCAACACGGCUCGAGCCAUUGCCACGAAGUGUGGCAUCCUACUGCCUGGGGAUGACUUCCUCUGCCUGGAAGGAAAAGAAUUCAAUCGUAGGAUACGAAAUGAGAAAGGAGAGAUUGAACAAGAACGCAUCGACAAGAUCUGGCCUAAACUGCGCGUACUGGCUCGCUCCUCCCCCACAGACAAACACACUUUAGUAAAAGGCAUUAUUGAUAGCACAGUGAUAGAACAGAGACAAGUGGUGGCCGUGACGGGGGAUGGUACAAAUGAUGGUCCAGCUCUGAAGAAAGCAGACGUCGGCUUUGCCAUGGGUAUUGCUGGGACGGAUGUCGCCAAAGAGGCAUCAGACAUCAUUCUCACCGACGACAACUUUUCCAGCAUCGUCAAAGCCGUCAUGUGGGGGCGCAACGUCUACGACAGCAUCUCUAAGUUCCUCCAGUUUCAGCUAACUGUCAACGUGGUGGCUGUCAUUGUAGCAUUUUCAGGGGCCUGCAUCACACAGGACUCUCCACUGAAAGCCGUGCAGAUGUUAUGGGUCAACCUGAUCAUGGACACCUUUGCUUCAUUAGCUCUGGCUACGGAGCCCCCUACAGAAUCCCUGCUGCUAAGAAAGCCAUAUGGCCGCAACAAACCUCUAAUCUCACGCACCAUGAUGAAGAAUAUUCUGGGUCAGGGCGUAUACCAACUAAUAAUCAUCUUUACUCUGCUCUUCGCUGGAGAGAAAUUGUUUGACAUUGACAGUGGCAGGAACACACCCCUCCACGCCCCACCCUCUGAACACUACACCAUUGUCUUCAACACCUUUGUCUUGAUGCAGCUAUUCAAUGAAAUCAAUGCCCGCAAGAUCCACGGGGAGAGGAACGUCUUCGAGGGCAUAUUCAACAACCUCAUCUUCUGCAGUAUAGUCUUUGGUACCUUUAUUAUCCAGAUUGUAAUAGUGCAGUUUGGAGGGAAACCAUUCAGCUGUGUGGCUCUGACCAUUGACCAGUGGCUGUGGUGCACCUUCUUAGGUUUUGGCUCUCUUCUCUGGGGACAGGUUAUCUCCUCAAUACCCACAAGCCGCUUAAAAUUCCUGAAGACGGCAGGCCACGGCACCCAGAAAGACGAGAUCCCCGACGAUGAGCUGGAGGAGCUGGAGGACAUGGAUGAGAUCGACCACGCUGAGCGCGAGCUUCGCCGAGGCCAAAUCCUCUGGUUCCGAGGCCUCAAUCGCAUCCAAACUCAGAUGGAUGUAGUGAGUGCGUUCCAGAGUGGAACUUCCUUUCAGGGGGCUCUAAGGCGGCAGGCCUCCAACUCCAGCCAACAACAGCACGAUGUAACCAAUGUUUCUAGCCCUACACAUGUAGCCUUUUCUACUACUGCCACUGCCGCCAACACCGCUUCUGCCACUGUGGGGUGUUUGUCUGCAGCUCUGUGCCUCCGCAGCGCUCAUGGGUCUGUGUCGCAGCUCUCUAGUCCGAUCCGGGUGGUGAAGGCAUUCCGCAGCUCCAUCUCCCUCUAUGAGGGGCUGGAGAAGCCCGAGUCGCGCUCAUCCAUCCACAACUUCAUGACCCACCCCGAGUUCCGGAUAGAGGACUCGGAGCCUCACAUCCCCCUCAUCGACGACACCGACGCCGAGGACGACGCGCCCACCAAGCGCAACUCGGCCAGCCCGCGCAACACCACGCCCACGCCGCCCUCCCCCACCACCGCCGCCGCCCCGCCCACGCCGCUCUCGCCCUCCCCAAACCAGAACAAUAACGCUGUGGAGAGCAGCAACCACCUCCUCCCCGAGGGCUCCAAAUCAGGAACCCCCUCCGCCCCCGGGAGCCCACUACACAGCCUGGAGACCUCCCUCUGA